AUGGAAGCGAGCGGCCGUCCAAGUUCUUCAAGGACGGAUAUCAACACGGCACGUGUUGAAGAAAUCAUCCAAAGGGAUCGACGAGUAACCGUGCGUGAGAUUGCCUCAGAGUUGGACCUGAGUUAUGGUAACGUUCAGCGUAUCGUAACCGAUGAGUUGCGAUAUUCCAAAGUUUGUGCCCGCUGGGUUCCACGUGCGUUGUCCGCGGAGCAUAAGGCCACUCGAAUGAUGUGCAGCCUCACAUUUCUUCAGCGAUACCAUUCAGACGGCCAACACUUCAUUGAUCGCAUCGUUACCGGUGAUGAAACAUGGCCUCAUCACUUCACCCCCACAUCCAAAAGAGCCACGAUGAAGUGGAAACACGCUGGAUCAAGGAAGAAGUUAGGUCACACACCUCUGCCGGUAAAGUGA